AAGAGGAAAGAGCGGACAUUAAUAAAGAAGAGGGUAACCCGCAGGCUGUGCCCGGGGGGUUGCCAAGUGACAUUAUACCCUCAUCACGGGGCACCACCAUUGGCACUGUGUAGCUCGCGCAGUGAGGUUCAGCGCGCAGAGGGUCUCGCACGAAUUUGCGAGGACGGACGAAGACGAAAGCGAGGACGAAAGCGAGGACGAGAGCGAGGACGAGGAGGAUAAUCCAGUGGGGGAAAGGGACAGUCAAGACUUCCUUUGAGCGGAUGUACUACUGAGGACCGUGACAGUCAUCCCUUCACUCGCUCACUCACUCACACACUCACUCGCCCUAUUCUCUCUUCACUUGGACAAUUAUCUUGAGGGUUAUCUGUCUAAGGAAAGUGACCCUAGUCGUGUUUGUUUCACUCAGUGGCACAGACGGAGAAAAAGACUGGCACUCGUUUGGAAAGUAAGGACUCACUGUAAUUGUGAGUAAAAGUGAGAUUCCUGCAGUUUUCGUCUCCUUCUUCAUCGCUGGGGCCACAUUAUUAUGAAGUAACGUGGAAGUCCUAGGAAAGGUCUUUGUCUAACUUGGGUAUCCCGCCCCGUUCACACAUCCGGAACCCAGUAGCUCAGAAGGACGUACGAACUUCAGCAUAAUGGAUCACGCGGGGUUGUCAGCGGAGUUCCAGGGGUUUCCGCAAAUGCACAACGUCAGCAGGCAGACGGACGAGGAUCUACAAGAUGCAGGGGCAUCCGAGAUAGCGAAGUGGGUGACGAGGAUGUCUCCCGGGGUGGCGACCUUCAUAGCUGUGUUGUUUAUCGGCUACCUGGUCCUGGGCCUCACAGGGAACUUCCUCACCAUCCUGGCACUUCUCCGCUGCCCCAGGGUGAGGAACGUGACGGCUGCCUUCAUCAUUAGUCUGUGUGUGGCUGACUUCCUGUUCUGCAUACUGGUGUUACCCUGGGAGGUGUCACGAUUCCUCGCUGGGAAAUGGAUCUGGGGCGAGGGAUGGAUCUGUACGCUCUUCCCACUCCUCAGGUACUGGAAUGUGGCUGUGUCCCUUCUAUCCAUCGCCAUGAUCACCAUAAAUCGGUACAUCAUGAUCGCUCACUUCAGCGUGUACAAGUUGGUGUACCGUAAGGGAUGGAUCGCUCUCAUGAUCGCCUUUUGCUGGGUGUUCGCCUUCGUCAUGUUGCUGCCAACACUGCUCAGCAAGUGGGGAAGGUUCGGCUUCGACCAGCGCUUGCAGACCUGCUCCAUCAUCGACGAGGAAAACAAAUCGCCAAAACAGGUGCUCUUCGGUCUCGGGUUCUGCGUGCCAGCAAUCAUCAUCAUCAUCUGCUACUCCCUCAUCUUUUACGUCAUCCACAAGUCUGAAAAGCGCAUGCGGCAACACAGUUCGCGGAGUGUGAACGGUGCCCACCACGGUCCCUCCCUGCAGCCCCAACCACGCCUGGCUGGCAAGAUGGAGAGAGAGGUGAGGCGGCGAAGGAAUGAGUGGAGGAUCACCAAGAUGGUUCUCAUUAUCUUCAUCGCUUUCCUCAUCACGUACCUGCCCAUCACACUCGUCAAGAACCUGGACAAGAAAGUGGACUACCCAGGUCUGCAUGUUCUGGGUUACGUGCUCAUCUACGUGUCGUCAUGUAUCAAUCCCGUUAUUUACGUCAUCAUGAACCGGCAGUAUCGACAAGCGUACAAGACAGUGCUGCUCUGUAAGCGACCCCGCCUUCCCUCCUUAACCUCUUCCCAUACCGAGAUGGACAAGAACGCUCACUGCCACAGGUAUGAGUCCAUCAUGUGCCACAGUUGCAUGUCCCAGGCCCACCCUCCACCAUCUCAGCCAUCACCCUCCUCAGACCACCCACACACUUCCCUGCACUUUCUGCACCUGGUUAAUUCUUUUAAGAAAUCCUUUGAUUAUUGUCUCCUGGAAAUCGUUGCGUUUAUCAACUUAUUCAAUACCGCGCAAGCCAAAUCAAGUAGCCCUGACUCCUGUAAGAAGUGCAAGAGGCUUAGGGCGACCCAUAAAUUCAGUUGCGUUGAUUGUCAAACAAAGAUGAACACAAAGCGAAACACAGUCCUUGGUUUGGAGGUUCUAGCAGAUGCCAACAGAUCAAAGGGGGCCCCGGAAGAAGUCGAAUGCUCUCAGGCCUUUGUCGACCACCUCCUUCACCUUGACUCUCCACAGCUCACACAUAACAAAAGGGAAGAAGGGGCUAAGAAAGUUCCCCUCACCAGGAAGACCGGAACUAAUACGCCCGAGUUUCUUCAAGUGACUAAGAUCCCACACAGCCAGAGUCUCGCAGCCCUUAAGCUAGCCACUGAGAUGAAACCAGUCGGUAUUCGGCAGCGGCCACACAGUGACGGAAGUUAUUCUACUGCUGACCCAAUGAAGUGUUUUCAAGCCACCCGGUGCCCACAAGCCUGGUGUCAAAUUACACAAAGCACCAUCGCUCUGACUACAGCACUACGGGGCACCGAGAAUGACUCUCCUGCAUCUUUGACCACCAGUUCGCAGUCUCACGUGCCCCAACAAAGUCUCCGUACAUCUGUGGGAGGAGACUCUGAUUCGGGACACACUGGUGCUUUUAUAGAUAACAGUUCCAAGCUAGAGAUAACUUCAAAUUCCUCUGAAAUACAUUUGGAUCCAAAGUCUACAAGCGCUAGUCUUUCUUCUUUAUUCUUCUCUUUCCCAUCUGCUUCUCAUUGUUCCAGCAAAAACCAGUCUGAUCGUCCUUUAGAGCAUAAACAAAGUUACUUUUUCUCUUCUCCUUAUCCCCGUGUUCCUAACCUCACUCACUCCACCUCAUUCCCGUCUCAUGCGGGUAUAGAGGAGGGCUCCCGGGGUGUCUCAUCCAAACACACUGAGAUAGACCAGCAUGGCUACGAAAAUCCAUCGUACCAAGACUAAGUGUUUGCAUGGCCGUGCACCUUCAUCCUACCCUGCAUACCGCGGGAAAGCAAGAGGCAAGGCGGUAGUGGAGGAGCUCAAUGACAAGACAAUGAUGUCACAGGUUUCCUUCUCUGACGCUGCCAUCAUGCCAGAAUGCCACGAGCUUCCCGAGGUCUUCGUCGACAAAUGAAGCGUCA